GAAAAAAAUCAGAUCAAUGCAUCGGACUCCCAACCCGGUCCCCGCGACCCGACCACCUGAGUCGGCGACUUGCUGGAAUCCUCCGUCCGGCUAAGCCUACUGGAGAACAGGCUAAGCCUUUCCCACCUACAUACAUUUCCUCUUACUAAACUGACAGGUACUACUCACGUGGCUGGGCCCAAACAACCCGAGCACUCCAAACUCGGAGCAUGGAAGACGUUCUCACUCUGUUCCCUGUUUUAUUUGUUUGCGGCAAAUCCGGACGAUUGUUCUGACUUCUUUCUGACUUCAAUAAUUCUCUAUCUCUCUCAUGGUUAACUAUUUCGCUUUCCUCAUUCAUGAAUCUCAUAUCCUCUAAUGCAAUCAAAGAUCUUUCUGCUCUCACGUCUUUCUAUAGCCGAAACUUCCCGGAGAGCAAAGGUACACUAUAUUUUCUUCCGGAGCCUGGCUCUCUGAUCCUGUAAUUUCUUAAGUAAUACAAGUUGAGAUAUAGAAGAAGAUGUUCAAUCUCCUGCAUCAACUGGAGCUGAAACUAAAUGGAAACUUCUCAAGCUUGUUGCAACAUUCUUCCUUAAAAUUAGUACUUCUGGCCAUUUUCCUCAUCCUCUUAUUUAGAUGGCUUUUCAACUUCAUAAAUUCAGCCACCCCCACAAACAGAUCACCACCUUCUCCACCAAAGCUGCCUGUGAUUGGAAACCUUCAUCAACUAGGCUUGCACGUUCAUCGUUCACUUCAGUCCUUAGCUCAACAACAUGGGCCCCUCAUGCUGCUGCACUUCGGUAGCGUGCCAGUCCUUGUGGUCUCGUCGGCUGAGGCUGCCCGUGAGAUCAUGAAGACCCAUGAUGGCACAUUCACUGAUAGACCCAAAUUUACAUUCUUUAAGAAAGUUCUCUAUAAUUGCAAAGAUAUCCUAUCAGCACCUUAUGGUGAGUAUUGGAGGCAGAUAAAAAGUAUAUGUGUCUUAAACCUUUUGAGCAAUAAAAGGGUUCGCUCUUUUCGUGCGGUGAGGGAAGAGGAAUCAAAAUCCAUGAUCAAUAACAUACAACAGUUCUGUUCUAUAUCAUCCUCCCCCUCCUCUUCCUCCUUAUCAGUUUUGAAUUUAAGUGAAAUGUUUCUGACACUUACUAGUGAUAUCGUCUGUCGAGUGGCUCUUGGAAGGAAGUAUAGUGAUCGAGGGCAAGGUGGAAGGAUAUUUAAAGAGCUUUCUGUAGAGCUUUCAGAGUUAAUGUCACGUCUUAAUAUCGGUGAUUAUAUCCCAUGGCUUGCUUGGUUUAGCCAUGUUAAUGGUUUGGAUGCUAAAUUGGAUGAUCUGGCUAAACGGUUUGAUGACUUUUUAGAAAUGGUUGUUCAAGAGCAUAUGGAUUGUUCAAAGAGUACUUUACAGGGACAUGGCCAUGUUCAUACCAAUGAGGACGAUCAAAGGGAUUUUGUUGACGUUUUGCUUUGGCUUCAGAAAGAAAAUGCAGAUGUGAUUGCGUAUCCUAUUGAUGCAGUAAGCAUAAAGGCUAUCAUCCUGGAUAUGUUUGCUGCUGGCACUGAUACUAUAUAUACAGCUAUAGAGUGGGUGAUGUCUGAACUUUUAAGGCACCCAAGGGUCAUGAAAAAAUUGCAAAAUGAGGUCAGGGGAAUAGCUGGAAACAAGACAGAGAUAACAGAGGAUGACUUGGUGGGCAUGCACUAUUUAAAGGCAGUGAUCAAGGAAACCCUUCGCUUACAUCCUCCCGCUCCAUUACUAGUGCCCAGGGUGUCCACACAAGAUGUGAAAAUAAACGAUUAUGACAUUAAGGCCAACACACAGGUUAUAGUGAAUGCGUGGGCAAUUGGAAGAGAUCCAAAGUCAUACAACAACCCUGAUGUGUUUGAGCCAGAAAGGUUCUUGAAUAGUGCCAUAGAUUAUAAGGGUGAUAAUUUCCAAUAUAUUCCAUUUGGGGCUGGCCGAAGGGGCUGCCCAGGAAUUCAGUUUGCCUUGGCUGUUAAAGAGAUUGCUUUGGCCAAUCUAGUGCACAGGUUUGAUUGGGCAUUGCCGGAAGGUGUAAGAGGGGAGGACUUAGACAUGUCUGAAUCCACUGGUGCGAGCGUACAUAGAAAAUAUCCUCUCAAAGCAAUCGCUAUUCCAUAUUCUUGCUGAUAUAGGGCACUGUUUGGCUGACUGGAAUCAUAAAAGGGGAAAAAUGAAUUGUACUCCUUUGACUACCUUGGAAUGGAUAGGGAUUUUGAUGGAGUUGUUGCAUGUUUUUAGGUUUCUUGUUACGUAGGUUUCCUUGUUAGAAUAAACACUGGUUUUAGUUUGUUUUGACUAUUUCCUUGUUGAUUUACCACGUAGCAUUAGUCAUGCAUGAUAUGGGCUGCUAUUUCUCAUUGUGUUAAGAUUAUGUAAAGGCUAUAUAGCCAUGUUCUUUGCUUUGAAUAAGAUAAGUCAUUCCCAUA